GGGGCUCAGGGUUGGAGUGCGGCCUCCCGACGGGCAGCACAUGAAGAUCCCUCCUCAUGGGGGCAUGCUGGCCGCUUCCGGGAGCAGCAUGGGGCUGCGGCAGGCAGGGAGCCUGCCUUAGCAGCAGCCCUGCUACACCCCUGGAGAUCGCGAUUGACUGGUAGAGUCCCCAGGAUUGACCAUUCGAUCGCAAUCAACGGCUUGGUGACCACUGCUCUACCAGAAGCAGGAGGGCUUUGGCUGGAUUAAAUUUGUGCGGGGUUUAUGCACCUGGUUUUGACCCAUGCUGUUGGCUACCCCUGAUGCUAGAAUAUAUAAAUAAGUGCUUACCAGACAGCUCUCACACUACGCAGGCAGGAGUAAAAUUAUUUGGGGCCACAAAACAGAUCUAUUUUGCUAGGCAUCAUGUCAGAAUGAUGGGUUUGUUCCAUCAUUGGAGUGCUGCAUCACAACUCAGUGAUGUUGUUAAUGCAUCUUCACCAGGUUGGAUUUUGAUGUGUGGUUUGUGGUGAUGGCACCAGCCCCGUUGUCAGUUUUGGGAGAGCAGCGGGAUUGUCCUUCAGAACCUGCUGCUUUUUAAAAUAUGCAGUGCAAAGAAGGACAUGUCACUUAAAAAAAUAGAUGUUUCUGCUCUGCAAUAGGAUUCUGUUUAAAGUUCACAGAUUUGCACAAUGGCCAGGGUUGAAAAUGUAGUGCCAGCUAUGCAGAGGGUAAAAAGGUCUGAAAAAUCAAUCACCAAAAACUAAAAAGGGAAGGAGAGACCAAAGAGAAACCUAGAGGAAAAGAAGAACUAAAUAAGGAACCUGUUUCUAAAGAAGAUGGAUAGAGAAAUCCAGGAAAUCAGAUGUGGGAGGAUAGACAAAUCAGGAACGCACAUGUCUAUCAGAGUUAUUGUGCUUGAUUCUCCAUUGACACAAGUUAAAAGGCAUUAUUGACACCUAGGACAAGAGAGUGUGAGAUACUUCAGAACCAGGAUCGGAGCCUUUUACAGUCAGUUUAAAGCAAUUCUUGCCACAAGUUACAAGGCAAUGGGGAAUUGGGACCACUAAUAAAGCUUUGCCCUGAAAGCACAAGUCACCACCACAGAACAACCAAAAAUGUCAGCAUGGCACAUGGGAGUGCUUUGGAGUUUAACAAAAUGAUUAAAGCUGCUGCUGGGAAAUGUGCCAUGUUUUCCUAUUACAGAUGUUACUAUGGAUUAGGUGGAAAGGAAACUGCAUUAGAUGUUACUGAAAGGAGCAGCAUAAUUCUGUCUAGCUCCAGAAAACACUUUUCAGGGUGCUGCUGUAUCCCUGACUGCUGUUAAGGCAAACAAAGAGAAAAGAAACUUUAAGCCUGUACUGGUGAAAUAGAAGUUCCGCAUCAGCGAUGGAAAAAUCAUCGGCAGCAGUGCCCAGAGCCAGUGCAGGAGAGUGGCCUGUUUAUGCCACGGGAGCACAGCCCUCUGCUUCCAGAGGAUCCUGGUUAUUUAUAGAGAGAGAGAGAGAGAGAAAAUGCCAUCUGGGAACACCACAUGUACAGCAAGAGAUCAUCUUACCUGCUGGCAGAUCCCUCUUGGCUGGAGAAAUCGGGCAGAAGAGCCCAAGAGGACACCUGUGGCAGCUACAGAGGCUGGAGUUAUGGGGCAGCUGCUGCUAAGAGCACGGCCUCCACAGUGGCCCAGCCCUGCAUGAGGAAACUCCCUUUGUGCCUCGAAAUGGGGAAGACUAGAAACGUUGUUUGACAGAGAAGCCACACAACAGAAGUUUUAUGAAGUUUGAAUAUUCGAUAAUGAGGUCAGCACAGAUGCGGUCAAUGAGUUCCCAAAGGGGAGGGACAGACCGUCUAUAUAAGGUAAAUCUGUCACUAUCUGAGAUUAGGAGUCAGCCUGAGCUACAGAGACUUUCCCAAGCCCAGAAAAGGCCCUGCAUGAAGAUGAAGAAUCUCUUAGUAUUUGCUCUGCUAUUUGCUUAUGGCGCAGUUAUGACACGGGGGAGUCUCUGGGAGCUUCAAAAGAUGAUUAAGCAAGUCACUGGGAAAAAUGCCUUAUGGAAUUAUUCCAUGUACGGCUGCUACUGCGGAUCAGGCGGUAAAGGGACGCCAAAGGAUGACACUGAUCAGUGCUGUCAGUUGCACGACUGCUGCUAUAAGAGGCUCAAGGGUCAUGGAUGUAAUGCCAAAUUGAACACAUACAGCUACUUCUACCUGACUGGAAGGAUAUACUGCGGCUUGGGGAGCUGGUGCAAAAGGGAGAGCUGCUGGUGUGACAGUGACUUUGUGCUCUGCUUGAAGAAACAUUUAAGCAGCUACAAGACGGGUUAUCGCUUCUAUCGAAAGAGCCGCUGUGGGAAUGAGGCGCCCACAUGCUUCCUGGGGAACAGGAGAUCAGGAUAUAAAAGCCAACAACUCUUGGAGAAGUACACUGGAUCCGUAGGCUGGCUGCUGAGGACUCUCUGUACAGAGGAAGAUGAGGCUUCUCUUGGCAUUGGCUGUGCUGUUCUCCUGCACAUGGUGCCUCCUGGUUAUUUAGGUGAAUUCAUGGUGCAUGGGAGUCUCUUGGAGUUUCGCAAGAUGAUCAAACAAGCCACUGGGAAAAGGGCUCUACCGAAUUAUACCUCCUAUGGAUGCCACUGCGGUGUGGGGGGCAAAGGAAUGCCUAAGGAUGCAACUGAUUGGUGUUGCCUGCAUCACGACUGCUGUUACUCACAGCUGAAGGCUCAAAAUUGUCGUGUCAUAACUGACAAAUACCGUUACACUUACAGAAGAGGAGUCAUAACGUGCGGUCCAGGCAGCUGGUGUAAAAGGAACAUCUGCGAGUGUGACAAGGCCGCUGCGUUGUGCAUGAAGCGCAACUUAAGGAGCUACAACAAGAAGUAUCGCUUCUACCCCAACAUAAAGUGCACAGGGAGAAAGCCAAGGUGUUAAGCAAAGGCUCCUUGCAAUGCUCAUUAAGCCAUCCCCUAUUCUCAUGAAUUCAGCAUUUCCACACUGUUAAGCAAUCAAGUGCUUGACCUGGGAUUGGGAAUUACUUCCUAUCAAGUGGUUCUUGGCUGCUCUCUCCCUAGGCUACUGUCAGGCAGAAUCCAAGGAACUGCUCUUAAAUAAGAGACCUGAUCUGCCUUAACUGCAUCUCGAUUCACAGUAUCAGAAGAGAAAUUAUUUAGAGGGAGAAAGAAACACGUGUCAUGUUUUUGAUAAAAAUAUUAGGAAGAACUGGCAGGUGUCCUCUGCCAUGGUUAAGUUACGAUGGGAGCCAGGGGGAGUCUCUCCAUUCUCUUCAAU